GAAUGAAAUAUAUCUCUGAAAUUAAGAAAAAUGUCCAGUUAUUGGUUCCUUGUGUGAUACAGCACAACAUUCAACCUGAUUAUCUUUCACAGGAUUGCAGCAUCACCAGCUCUCCACUACUCUGUACAACUGACACAGAUGAAGGGCAAAUGGACACGAACCAAGACAGAGCUGUGCAACCGGAUCUGACCACACAGGCCACUGCCUUUGUGAUAAAUGCUUGGGUCAAGCACCGUCUCUCACAGAGAGGCAUGAAUGACAUUGUUGCUGGAGUGCAGCAGUACCAGUCAUCACUGGUGAGCAACCUGAGGAGCCAGAUAGAGCAGGUGCUAAAGAAGCAUUUGGAAAACACACCAGGACACCUCCAAAAAGAAGUAAUGGAUGUAUUUGACAGUUUUGUUGACCCAUUCACAAGUGUUACCACAACAUUUCGACAGAACAGUGCUAUGAAGAAGCAGUUAAGCAUUUUGGAUGCAGACGAAAUUCCAAUUUCUCAAACUAUAUGCAAGAGGAAACGUGGAGCAUCAAAAGACUUUUUCAUUAAAAACAAAGUCUUUCAUUACAUACCAUUGGUCAAAAGUCUAGAGCAAUUCUUAUCACACCCGAAGAUAUUCUCUAUGAUUGAGAAGGGACCACAAAGGUGCAAAGAGGGAUUUUUUCAGGACAUUGUCAGAGAUUUAGGUGUGUUUGAUCAAGGUGGACAGAAUACUUUGCCCCCACUAUUGGCAUGGAUCCUGCCUCACCUGUACCGGGCCUCGGCCCUACCUUCUUGGCGGAAGCGUCCACGUCCCUGUCCCCGUGGCAGACGCGGCGGUCGGCUGGUGAAGCGGAAGCUCUGGCUGUCACGCUCUUCGUCCAUUUUCCCAGGCUCUUGA